ACAAACUGAUAAAGAUAAAAAUUAAAUAAAUUUGCCGCUUUUUUUUUCGUGCUAGUAUUUAGCAAAUUACUUUUGCAAUUAAACUUUCAGUUGUUAAGAAAGGAGAAUUUAUCAUGGUAUAUGGCUGGGAAAAUUGACACCCAUCAUGAAGAGAAAUCCAACUUUUCCACACCAACAAGUGAUAGUAGACCAAAAUCAAGAUCAAGGUUGAGACAACCCUUCAAAUCUCCACUGUUAGACUUACCUGGGAAACAUUGUGACGGAUUUGCUCAAACAGCGGGCUCCAAUGUUGAUAUUUUGAAAGACAGAAUUGCUAAUAUUGACAAAGAAAUAGAUGAACUGGAAAUAGAAUAUUCUGAAGACGAACUACAGAUGCAUAUUGAUAAACUACAUGAAUAUAAUGAAAUUAAAGAUGUAGGACAGGUUUUGCUGGGGAAAAUUGCGGAUAUUGAAGGGAAAACGACUAAAAUGAUGUAUGAAGAAUAUGGCUUGGAUAUCCUGGACUAGGAAAAAUAUGUUUCUGCUGAAAAGGCUGCACCCACUCCUUCAAAAAGGUUGGGACAAAUGCCCAAGGCUACAAUAAACUGGAUAACAAUCUUGAUGAUUUGUUGAUCUUUCAAGCUCAGAUCCAUUACGGGAAUUGGUGUUAAGUUUGCAGGCCUCUUGAGACUUAUCAAAGACAAUUUAAGAAGAUAUAAAGAGCGCAAACAUAACAGAUUAAAGAUCAAUCGUACAGAUCUACCAUCGAUGUUUACUGUUGACCCUGUUUCCCUGCCCUUUGGGCUCGGUUCUUGAAAACUGACACAAACAUCAACUUUCAUUUAAAACGAGAUUCGAACCUUUGACUGUCAAUACAUGAGGCUAACAUCUUGGCCACAACACUACAAGAGCUUUUGCUGAACGGCCAUGGUUAUUUUAUUUACUUGAUCCUUUUCACGAAGUUCAUAAUGAAAAACGGUUAUGGUAGGAUUCGAACCAUGGAUUUACAACUUGGGAGAUCAUUGUCUUUGCCACUAGACUAGAAGAUCUUUUACUGAACGGCUAUGGUUAUUUAAUUUACUUGAUCCUUUUCACGAAGUUCAUAAUGAAAAACGGUUAUGGUAGGAUUCGAACCAUCGCUUUACCACUUGUGAGACCAUUGUCUUCCCCACUAAACUACUUCAUCCUUUCUUCGAAGGACAUAAUAAAAAACAGCGAUAUUUGGAUUCGAAUCAUCGACUUACCACAUUGGAAACCAUUGCUUUCGCCACGAGACUACUGGAACUUGUGCUGAACGGUUAUGAUUAUUUAAUUUACUUUAUCCUUUCUUCGAAGGAUAUAAUGAAAAAUAGGUACACUCGGAUUCGAACCAUCGACUGGUAACUUGGGAGACAAUUGACGAUGUUUUUUACUUAAACUUUUUUCAGUUCAUAAUAGUUAACAUGCACCGAAGACCGUAAGCGACGUUAUAUUCAGUUAUGCAAAUGUACGAACGUAAAAGUUCUAAUUGUGAUUGGCUAGAUGUAUAAUAAUUGCAAAUGAGACGAUGUAUGCAUGUAAGCAUGUUGAUGUUCGUUAAAAGUAAAUAGUCGAUUGCAAUGUUUUCAAAAUUCGUUAUAUUUUCGGUAUUUUCCAUAAAUUUUGUAGCAUAGGAUUGUCGAAAAAGCAUCCCAUAUACCUGCACCUGACACUAUUAAUUUUUAUAUGAUGGUCGCGAAACAAGCACAAGAUUGUGAAAUGUUAGAAAACAAUUAUAACUCGCAUGCAAUGCCGGUGUAAAUUUUCAUGUCAUAAGAUAGAUCAAGACUAUUAGUCCUUUGGGACAUGCUCUCUCAGCACAAUAAAUAUGGAAAUAUAAAG